UUGUGGUGACUUUACGGUGAGCCAGGGACGAGUCUGUCUGUACUCCUGAAUGACUGCAAGUGAACAUGAUGGCUGAACUCAGGUUUUGGCUGUGCCUCUUUAUUUUGGCAUGCGUGAGGAUACGCCACACACAUGGCUGGUUCUGGUUUGAUGACUCCAAGGAAAUUGAGAAGGGCGUGCAGACACCAGCAUACCUGACCACCGUAGGGCCCACAUCCCUGCCGAGGACAGAACCAUCCAGAACAACAGGUACAAGUGCUUCUGUAACUGAAGAGGUCGCGAAAGAGGUCAGUUUUGAAGGGGAACCGGAGGUCAGAUCCAGGUCUGGAUUGGGGAUUGAGUCCGGAUCCGGAUCUGGAUCAUCCAGUUUUGAAAGACAGCAUGAAUAUUUAACAUCAUCCGACAAAAUUUGGGGUAUUAUUGAUGACAAUUCUAGUUUGCAUAAUCAAGUGACCAAAGUGGACCAGACGGAUGGACUUGACCCAGCAAACAGUCGAUUUAAUGAAGGCGUUAAUGUUUCUUUCACAAAUAUUACUGCUAAAAAUAAUGUAAAUGAGAGUAAUUUUGCAGAGCAUGCUAACACGACGUUGUAUUCCUCUGAAUACGCUGUCUCAGAUAAUGCACUAACCAUUGAAAGCCAAUUUUUAAUAGCCAGCAUGCCAGCAUCCUUCGAACCCCUGCGCUGCUUGCCGGUCGAUUCUGGUUUGCCGUUUUGCACCAGAAGGGGAGUGGAGAGUUUCUCUGUGCCAAAUUUUCUAAAUCAAAGCAGCGUGGAGGAAGUUCGGAUGGUUUUGACCGAAUGGGCAUGGCUUUUGAGGUCAGGCUGUCAUCAUAGUUUGGAAUGGUUUUUCUGCCUGCUGUUGACCCCGCGGUGUGGCCACUCUGGAUCUCUGCUGCCCUGUCGCAGUUCUUGUGAGGUCCUGCAGGACAGUUGCUGGACACUCCUGGACGAGGGCCGCCUCCCUGUGGAGUGCAAAUCUCUGCCUGAAGAGAAGCAUGAUGGGUAUCGGUGCUUGUCAGUUAGUAACCUGAAAGAAGAAAGUGGAGUGUCGCUGUUGCAACUAAUUGGCGAUCCUCCACCCAACGGCGUCUCCAAAGUCUUCGACCAAGCAAACAGUCCUGGAUAUGUGUUUGGACCAAGCUCAAAUGUGGGUCAGUCUGCUGCAGCCCACCUGCCCAAUCCCUUCUACCGCGAUUUCUCCCUCAUCUUCAAUAUAAAACCCACAUCCUCCAAGCCUGGCGUGAUCUUCUCCAUCACUGACCCCACUCAGAACAUCAUGUAUGUUGGCGUGAAGCUGUCGGCGGUGGAAAGAGGCAAACAGUCCAUUAUCUUCUACUACACCGAGCCUGAUUCGCAGAGCUCCUAUGAGGCGGCCAGAUUCUCUGUUUCCUCCAUGUUGAACAUAUGGACGCGCUUUUCCAUCAGCGUUUUGAACGAGCAGGUUUCUCUCUACUUUAACUGCGACUCGGAUCCUCAGGUUGUCAAUUUCGAGCGCUCGCCUGAUGAUAUGGACAUGGAUGCUGGCGCUGGAGUGUUUGUGGGACAUGCCAGUGGAGCAGACCCGGAUAAGUUUUUGGGUGUUAUUGGUGAUCUGAGGGUGUCGAGAGACCCUGGGGCGGCUGAACGGCACUGUGAAGAAGAGGAGGAUGACUAUGCAACAGAGGCAUCAGGUGAUUACGGAGCAAGUGGAGAUGGAGAGCAGCCAUCACCAGUUCAGCCAACACCUCCAUCAUCUCGGCCAAUCCAGCGGCCACCGGUGAUUAGCAGGGAUCCUAUACAGCGGCCACCGGUGAUUAGCAGGGAGCCUAUACAGCAGACAGUUGCAAGAGGAGAGAAGGGUGACAGAGGGGAGAAGGGUGCUAAAGGUGACAGGGGUCUUGCUGGGCCAAAGGGUGAUGUGGGGUCUGGAUCAGUGUCUGGUGGAGGAUCAAAAGGAGACAAGGGCGUCCCAGGAGAGAAAGGAAUGAAGGGCACUUCUGGUUUUGGUUAUCCUGGAUCUAAGGGUGACCGUGGCCCCCCUGGACCUCCAGGACCUCCGGGUCCCCAAGGGCCCAGUGCAGAGGUAGAGGUGCGGGGCGAUGGGUCAGUUGUGCAGAAAGUCACAGGACCAAGAGGACCACCUGGACCCCAAGGACCCCCUGGUCCCCCUGGACCUGAAGGGGAGCCGGGUGACCCUGGUGAAGAUGGAAAAGCUGGCCAAGUUGGACCUUCUGGUUUUCCUGGAAAUCCUGGGAAUCCUGGACCCAAAGGAGAUAAGGGAGAUCGAGGUGAAAGUCAGCCAGGACCCCGUGGGCCGCCUGGUCCUCCCGGCCCACCAGGACCCUCCUCUGGCUUUGAUAGACCUACGUUUGUGGACAUGGAGGGCUCUGGAUUUGAUAUGGACAGUGUGCGGGCAGUGCCUGGUUUGCCUGGUCCACCUGGUCCUCCUGGUCCCCCUGGUCCCCCUGGCUCUGCAUCUUCAGGCUCUGGUGGUUUUGGGCCACCUGGUCCUCCUGGGCAAAAUGGGGCGCCAGGUCAGCCGGGACUUUCGGGUGUACCAGGUGCUGAUGGAAAACCAGGCUUACCUGGUCCAAAAGGAGAGAAGGGUGAUGCCGGUGAGCUGGGCCUUCCUGGACCGGUGGGAGAGAAGGGUGCCAAAGGUUCUUCUGGUCCCCCUGGCACCACUGGGAUUGGUGGGCCUGCUGGUCUUCCAGGACCAAUUGGACCUAUUGGACUUCCAGGACCACCUGGUCCUCCUGGACCAAGCUUUAAUGUUGGUUUUGAUGACAUGGAAGGUUCUGGUGUUCACUUCAGUUCAGUACCUGGAGUAAGAGGACCAGUUGGAAUCCCGGGGCCACCUGGUGUCCCAGGGCCACAGGGUCAGCCUGGAUUCCCAGGGCUUCCUGGUGAGAAAGGCAGUUUAGGAGCUCAGGGAAAUGAUGGUCUUCCUGGUGCAGAUGGCUUCCCUGGACCACAGGGACCAAAGGGCGACAAAGGAGAGCGAGGCGACAGGGGUGAACCUGGUCGAGAUGGACAUGGUCAUCCAGGCCAACCAGGCCCUCCUGGACCACCUGGACAGAUUAUUUAUCGCUACUCUGAACAUUAUGAUGAAGUUGGAGGAACGGGGGCUCAGGGUGGUUCUGGUGUUCCUGGCCAAGCAGGAUUCCCAGGCCCAAUGGGACCAAAGGGUGACAGAGGUGAGCCUGGUCUUCCAGGCUAUGACAUUAAGGGGGAGAAAGGAGAACCUGGACUUAUUCUUGGACCUGAUGGAAAUCCACUUUACCUUGGUGGAUUGACAGGACAGAAGGGUGAGAGAGGUAUUUCUGGACCAGUCGGACCUCCUGGUCCAGCAGGACCUCCUGGUGCAAAAGGUGAAUUCGGAAUGCCAGGCAGACCUGGUCGUCCAGGUGUGAACGGAUAUAAAGGAGAGAAGGGAGAGCCAAGUUCAGGCUCUGGAUAUGGUUACCCGGGUCCCCCUGGUCCCCCAGGACCCCCUGGUCCCCCCGGACCCGCUGUGCCCUUGGACAGAUUUGGCAGAUAUGAAGAUUAUGCAAGGCUCUAUCCAGCUACGAAAGGAGAGAAAGGAGACCAAGGAGCUCCUGGCAUUCCCGGAUCGCCAGGUUUUUCCACAAACUUUGAUAUAUAUUCACUCAAGAAUGAGAUGAAGGGUGAGCGGGGAGAGUCUGGUCUUAAAGGAGAGAAAGGAGAACCAGGAGGUGGAUUUUAUGACCCUCGUUUUGGAGCUGUACAAGGACCACCAGGGAACCCAGGACCUGCUGGACCUAAAGGAGACUCAAUCAGAGGCCCACCUGGACCCCAGGGCCCACCAGGAACACCCGGGGUUGGUUAUGAUGGUCGACCAGGUAAUCCAGGACCUCCUGGACCACCUGGUCCACCAGGGUCCCCAUCACUGCCAGGACCCUAUAGGCCACCACUCAGUAUUCCUGGACCUCCAGGUCCUCCUGGCCCACCUGGAAUUCCUGGCACUGGAUCAGGGGUGACUGUCCUGAGGUCUCAUGACAUAAUGAUUGCUACAGCACGCAGACAGACAGAAGGGACUCUGAUUUACAUUCUGGACAGAAACGAUCUCUACCUCAGAGUUCGGGACGGUGUUAGACAAGUGAUGCUUGGGGAUUAUAAACCUCUUUAUGGAGAGCUGGACAAUGAAGUGGCAGCAGUCCAGCCACCCCCUGUUGUUCACUAUUCCCAGGACCACACGGCUAACAAUGGCGCAGAGCAGAUUUCUCCACCACACCAGCCUAUUGAUUUCCCAACGAGAGAGCAGGAGAACAGAAACCCCAACCCGCAACCUGACCCCCGAUACCCGGAUCCACGAUACCCACCAUACACUGACAACAGAUACACCGAUCCUGUAGAGCCCAACAUCAGAUAUCCUGUUCAACCCGAGAGGAAUCCAAUCACUCCAGCCCGCCGUCCUAUCCCUCCUGUCAAUCAGCCAGGAGGCCACGCCCACACCCACACUUCCGGACCAGGGUUGCAUCUUAUUGCUCUGAAUUCUCCACAAGUGGGCAACAUGAGAGGCAUUCGCGGGGCAGACUUCAUGUGCUUCCAGCAGGCACGGGCCGUUGGCAUGAAGGGAACGUUCAGAGCCUUCCUGUCCUCCAAACUCCAGGAUCUCUACAGUAUCGUCCGCAGAUCUGACAGAGAGACAUUACCAAUUGUUAACCUAAAGGAUCAAGUCCUCUUCAGCAGCUGGGAGUCUCUCUUCAGUGACUCAGAGAGCAGGAUGAAGGACAAUGCACCCAUCUACUCGUUUGAUGGCAGAGAUGUCCUGAGGGACAGUGCCUGGCCAGAGAAGAUGAUUUGGCACGGAUCGGAUGGCAGGGGUCACAGGCAAACGGAUAACUACUGCGAGACAUGGAGGGCCGGAGACCGCGCUGUCACAGGCCUGGCCUCGUCCCUGCAGGCUGGUCAACUCCUCCAGCAGACCUCCAGCAGCUGCUCCAGCUCCUACAUCGUGCUGUGCAUCGAGAACAGCUACAUGACACAGUCCAAGAAAUAAAGCCGUCCGAAAGAGCCUUUGAAAACUCAACACUUCAGUCAUACAGGCCCAGAUUUUGCUCCAGUAGAUGCCUGUAUCUAAUGAAUGGAAAUGUUAAAGAGUAAAUUAAACUGAGUCUGCCUUAAGGAGAAUUUGCCAGUCAUCUAUUCGCCGUAACGCCAAAGGUUGAACGUGGAGGUGUUUGCUCUUUCUCAGGGCACUGGCACAUCUUUUUCAGGGGGUUAAACCAGAGAAGUGAGGCCAACUGAGGCAGUUUUUUUUAACUGUAUCCAUAUAAAAUUUUGUAUAUGAAUUGUUUGUCUUCUGUGUUGUUGUUUUUUUUUUUUUGAAAAAUGUCUUAAUUGGUAUAUUUAACCAAUUUUAGCUAUAUUUUUUUGUGCAACCAUUUUCCUUCAAGGUUAUGUUGGAUAUCGAGGAGCAAACCUUGACAUAGUUUUAGAAUUUGAAAAGAGAAAGUAUUUAUUUUGCAAUAAAGAGAGCUAAAAUAUGAUUUGAAACCACAAAGCAUAUUUGUUUGCUAUUUUAGCAAGCACAUUUUUGCUACUUCAACAGAUGUAAGACUGAAGUGUAGCUUAUAAAUGGCUGCUCUCUAAAAACCUCUAGUGGGCAAAGAGAAAUGCCUUAAAUAAUUCAACGCUUACCCCUCAAGAGUGUUUUGUACAAAACAAAUGAUUUGAUCUGUUGCAUCUAUGGAAUCACUGUGUUUUUUUUUUCUAUUGUGAUUAAUGUGAAAUUUCAUAUGGACAUCUGAGUGUCAUUAUUUUACUCUUCUGGUUGAUUCCAGAAGUUUCCAUGAGUAACGGGAAUGGGAAGCUGAAUAGUAUUUGUAACAAAUAUUUUAAGGAAAAAAAUUCUGUUACUAAAAAAUAGUGGUUACAUGUCCCAUAAUUCAAAGGCAUUGGUUGCAUUCGGUGCUUUUUGCUGAUGAAACAGCUGCUGACAGUGUUGUUUGGGAGAGACAGAUGUGUUUUAUGAAGACACUUUAUCUUCUAUCCAUAUGGAAUUUCAGACACCUAAUCCACUCUAGUGCUACUGAUGUGUUCAGCACAACCCUGUGGGCUUCUAGUCUUUUUUUCUUUCUUUCCUUUUGUACUAGUAUGUGCUGCAUCAUGUCUCGGAGGCACUGACAUUUUUUAUUUUUCAUUAGCCACAAUAAUUUUGGCACCACUUCUUGUGUAUUAAAAUCUAUUUCCUUAAAACCUACACAUAUCUUAGACUAUGUUGUCUGUUCAUGCACAAUAUUAACAUAUCGGAUGUCGUUCACAAGCCAUUUCAUAUCAUGAUUGUUUACUGUUCACUGACUGUUUACUAAAAAAAAAAAUAAAGGUACAUUUUUCCUCUUCAAA